UCCUCCCAUAAAUAAACAUACUCGAGAGAGCAUCUUCUUUUCAAGCGACCCAUUUUUCCCCUGCCUCUGUCCGAGCAGAGCCUCGAGUCUCAGGUUAUGGCUCAAACAACUCCAAACCACACGCAGACCGUUUCUGGCUGGGCAGCCCUCGACUCUUCUGGCAAAGUCGUCCCUUACACUUUCAAAAGAAGGGAGAAUGGUGUCAACGAUGUGACCAUAGAGAUUAUGUAUUGCGGCAUAUGUCAUACUGAUCUCCAUUUUGCAAAGAACGAUUGGGGCAUUUCCAUGUACCCAGUUGUCCCCGGGCAUGAAAUUACUGGGAUAAUCACGAAGGUGGGGAGCAACGUGAACAAGUUCAAGUUGGGAGACAGAGUUGGAGUGGGGUGCUUAGCAGCUUCAUGUUUGGAGUGUGAUUUCUGCAAGAGCUCGCAUGAGAAUUAUUGUGACCAAAUACAGUUGACUUACAAUGGUAUUUUCUGGGAUGGUAGCAUCACUUAUGGUGGCUACUCUAAAUUCCUGGUUGCAGAUCACAGGUAUGUGGUGCGGAUACCAGAAAACCUGCCAAUGGAUGCAACAGCGCCCCUCCUCUGUGCAGGAAUUACUGUAUUCAGCGCUUUCAAGGAUAGCAACUUGGUCGACACACCAGGAAAAAGGGUAGGGGUGGUUGGUCUCGGAGGUCUAGGACAUGUAGCUGUCAAGUUUGGCAAGGCAUUUCGUCACCAUGUAACUGUGAUCAGCACCUCUCCGUCUAAAGAAAAAGAGGCCAGAGAACGCUUGGGAGCUGAUGAUUUCAUUGUCAGCACUAAUGCCCAAGAACUUCAGGCAGCGAGAAGAACUCUAGAUUUUAUCGUGGAUACAGUGUCAGCUAAGCAUUCUCUGGGGCCAACACUAGAAUUACUCAAAGUAAACGGGACAUUGGCAGUGGUAUGCGCACCAGACCAGCCGAUGGAACUGCCAGCUUUUCCUCUGAUAUUCGGCAAGAGAUCUGUGAGGGGCAGCAUGACAGGAUCAACGAAAGAAACACAAGAGAUGCUGGAUGUGUGUGGCAAGCACAACAUAACUUGUGACAUUGAGCUUGUGAAAACAGACAACAUUAAUGAGGCUUGGGACCGCCUUGCAAGAAACGAUGUCAGAUAUCGUUUUGUCAUUGACAUUGCUGGAAAGUCUUCAAAUCUUUAGAGAUACAGAAGUGCUCCCUCACAUAAUAGUAUAUUCCUUUUUCUUAAUUUCGUGGGCAUAUUUCUUUUGUUUUCGUGUGUCGCCGGAAAUAAACAGUUAUUGCAAAUUUCGGUUGGAUCA